GCGAACCCGACCGGGCGCCGCUGUUGCUAGCUCUGUUCGUCGCCGCCUGUCGCGGCCCGCCGGAAGUGACGUGCGGCCGGAAGACGGCGAGUUUCCUGUUUUUAUCGCCGUUCUACACCGAGCACCGGGGUUCACGUGACACUGGCGGCAAAGAUGGCAACCCCUGUGAGCGCACAGUGCUCCAGUAAAACAUGGGAGCUGAGUCUGUACGAGUUGCACCGUACCCCACAGGUACCACAAUGUGACGCCAUCAUGGAUGGUACGGAGAUAGCCGUGUCUCCACGCAGCCUUCACAGUGAGCUCAUGUGUCCUAUCUGCCUGGACAUGUUAAAGAACACAAUGACCACCAAAGAGUGCCUCCACCGCUUCUGCUCAGAUUGCAUCGUGACUGCCCUACGCAGCGGGAACAAGGAAUGCCCCACAUGCAGAAAGAAGCUUGUCUCGAAACGCUCCCUUCGCCCAGACCCCAACUUUGACGCGUUAAUUUCCAAGAUCUACCCGAGCAGAGACGAGUACGAGGCCCACCAGGAUCGAGUCCUAGCAAAGCUGAGCCGGAUGCAUAAUCCACAUGCCCUAAGCAGCAGCAUUGAAGAGGGGCUUAAAAUGCAGGCAAUGAACAGGGCACAGAGGGUGAGGAAACACCCACACGAGUCAGACAACACUACUUUCAGUGGUGGAGAGGAUAACUGCGACAGUCGCUCUCACGUUAGUAAUCCAUCGGUACAUAGCAACCAGGAGGCCGGGCCGAGCCGCAAGAGGUCCCGAGCUUCUGAGGAUUCUGGGGCAGAACCAGAUCUUUCACACGAAGGUGGAGUACGAAGUCCAGACCUACAGGGAACGGGAGAGCCUGGUAGUGAAAUAGAACUGGUGUUCAGGGCUCACCCAUUGCUGGUGGAGAAGGACGAGUACAGUCAAACCAGGUUUGUAAAGACGACAGCAAACGCCACAGUUGAUCAUCUCUCUAAGUAUCUGGCUCUUCGGAUUGCUCUGGAGGAACAGGCUAUGCGGCAGGGAGGAACAGAGGGCGUGACACUGGGGGAGGUCAGUGAGAAGCAAUACACAAUUUAUAUCUGCGCGGGGGCUGCUGGUGGACAAUACACGAUUUUGAAUGGAUCAUUAACCCUGGAGCUCGUUAAUGAGAAGUACUGGAAGGUGAGCAAGCCUCUGGAGUUGUAUUAUGCUCCUACAAAGGAACAAAAAUAAAGGGGGUGACCCCCCCUCCAGGUGUGAGAAGACAGACUGGUAAACCUAGAGACGGUUCUCCUCACACACAGUCCCACCGUAGAAAGAUUCUACAGCCAAACUUUUGUGGAGAGGCACCAAGAAGGGACCUACGGGGAAGAAAAUGGCGCCACCCUAGGAGACGGUUGGCCAGCCUCCCAUCAUUGUGUGGAUUACUGUUGUUGGCCAGAAGGAAGUGGUGUCCUCCUCACUCUGCAUAGUCCAGGAGCACAAUUAGGCAGAAAUCAAUCCAUUCAUCGGACCCCCCCGCCACAGGCUUCAAGUGCUACUCCAUAAAUCGUGUUUAUUGGGGGGAAAGUCCCAUGAAGACAACAUUUUAUUUUAUUUUUUUUGCCUCCUGCAAACUUUUUCACCUCCGCAGCUCAUCGGUUCUUAGUGGGAUUAUAAUAAUUUAUAUACCGUUCACUAUAUUGCGCUGGUAUUUUCCUAAGCUUGUAACAGUCUUUUUUUUUUUUUUUUUUUACUAGAACAAUUUAAUUUUUAGGUUUUUAUUUGCCUUUUCAUGCCGAGGUGGAAAAAAAAGAAAAAAAAACUUAACAGCAGCAAUAUAUCUACUUUCUGUACUCAGUCUAAAUAUCGUGUUUCUCUAUUUUUUCCUACGCAGGAAUGAAAGUCUUUUCUUAGUAGGAAUCAGGGGAUUUUUUUUGGUGUAAGCUGUGCAGGUUACAAUGCUUUUGAGUAAAUACAUAUUUUUGUUUGACAUGAA